UUCCAGCACAUGGAAUGCCGGCGUGCCAUGGAACGGGGUCGUCUGGAACAGGAACCGGCACUGGUCGAUGCCAACGGAGCACACCAUCCUGGGACACCGGCUAAAGAUGGCGCGUCUCGUGUUGGCAUUUCGUCGAGCAUGUGGUGCGCAUGGCACCGGCGAACCGCCGUCCACGCCGCAGCCAGCUAGAUGGCCCGCCUCGCUAAUCUCUAAAUUAGGUAGGGCAGUCCAUUUGUGCCUUUCCCCUCGAGACCUCCUCUGCUGCUGCUGCUGGAUCUCACGGCGCCUCCCGCUCUCAUCCCCCCUCCUCCUGCACCACAUGGAGAUCCCCCGUCCGCCGGAGACGCAGAUGCCCUACGGCGACGCCGACUGCACCCUCCGCGCGCUGGCUGCCCGCGCCGAGGGCUUCGGCUGCCACGCCAUCGGAGGCCUCCACGGCGCCCUCUACUACGUCACAUCCCUACAAGACGACGGGUGCGGGACACUCCGCGAGGCGUGCCGCAUCAAGGAGCCGCUAUGGAUCGUCUUCGAGGUCUCCGGCACCAUCGACCUCCAGUCCUACCUCCGGGUCUCCUCCUACAAGACCAUCGACGGCCGCGGCCACCGGGUCAAGCUCACCGGCAAGGGCCUCCAGCUCAGGGACUGCCACCACGUCAUCGUCUGCAACCUCGAGUUCGAGGGCGGCCGCGGCCACGACGUCGACGGCAUACAGAUCAAGCCCAACUCCUCCAACAUCUGGAUCGACCGAUGCACCCUCGCCGACUACGAUGACGGCCUCAUCGACAUCACAAGGCAGAGCACCGACAUAACCGUCUCCAGAUGCCACUUCUCAAGGCAUGACAAGACGAUGCUGAUUGGCGCAGACCCCACGCACGUCGGCGACAGAUGCAUCAGGGUGACCAUCCACCAUUGCUUCUUCGACUGCACGAGGCAGAGGCACCCACGCCUGCGAUUCGGCAAAGUCCACCUCUACAACAAUUACACCAGGAAUUGGGGCAUAUAUGCCGUGUGUGCUAGCGUCGAAGCGCAGAUUGUGUCUCAGUCUAACAUAUACCAAGCAGGAGAAAAGAAGACGGUUUUCAAAUACAUGCCAGAGAAGGCUGGUGACAAGGAAGAAGUGGCAGCCGGGUGGAUCAGGUCGGAAGGCGAUGCAUUUCUGCAAGGCGCGCAGUCAUGCUUGAUCGAUGGUCCAGGUGUAGACACUGUCUUCAGACCAGAGCAUUACUAUGACAAAUGGACCAUGGAAACCGCAUCGCCGGCUCUCAAGGAGGUGAUUGAGCUGUGCGCUGGGUGGCAACCUGUGCCCAGGCCCCCAGAUUGCUGAUGCACUUCAGGUUUAGGCUGUGCCGAAGAACUACUAGUACAAGUUUGAUGGAACGGUUCAUUCAGUGACUCUUUUAGCUUUUACUCACUAUGCUAGCACUGUAAUGAACCCUUAGUGUGUGAUGUUAAUAAUUGAUCAGUAUUAGCUGCACAGCAAUGCCUUGUCAACUUUUGUCCAUCCAGUUGCUGAAUCAAUCCAGAGUUCUUCGUCA